CAUUUUAAUCUGAGAAAUUCCAUUCUGUGUUCCAGGAAACUGCCAUAAAGCUAUCGGGACUGAAAAAGUCAGCCUACCAAACAAGUCUGCACACAAUCGAGAAAAUGUUGGGUCUAGAGAAAGCGUUAACUGUAUCUGAUUUGUGUGUACAAUUGAGUUGUACAGAAGCUAAAGCAAUUGCUGAAGAAAUUCUAGAUAAAUACAUAAAUAGCCAUAAAAUGCUGAAUGAUUUGAGCCAUCCCCAGUAUGUAGCAGCAGCUGUUUAUUCUGCCUGCAAAUCACUGAAUCUGAAAAUUCCAAAACAACAAUUUAUAGAAACUAGUCGAUUGAAACCUUCCCAAUGGAAGGAGCUUUCACUUGAGUUUGAAAAAUUUGCAAGCACUCUGGAGAGUGGUUUCAAAAGAAACAAAAAGAUUGAUACUAAAAAUACGCCAGAAGUAGUUACUGUUACAGAAGAAAAAGUUGUCUUGAAGAAAAAAGAUCCAGAAGAAGUUGAAGAAUAUGAUGUUUGGAGACAAAGAAUUUUGAAUGAAGCUUAUGCAGCUCUGAAAAGUAAGGAGGCAACUGAGAAAAGCUGAUAUAUUUUGAAACUUUUUUUUUCAUUUCAAUAAACCAAUCCACACACU